AUGGAGGUAUACAUAGACAACAUGCUCGUCAAGUCACAACAAGCCAGCGAUCACAUAACCCAUCUCCGGCAAUGCUUCAACACUCUGAAUAAGUACGAAAUGAAGUUAAACCUAGCCAAAUGCACCUUCGUAGUCAAAUCAGGGGAGUUCUUGGGAUACCUAGUAACUCGGCGAGGCAUUGAAGCGAAUCCGAAGCACGUCAAGGCGAUCAUUGACCUACCUUCCCCAAAAAGUGCCAGAGAGGUUCAGCGACUAACCGGACGGAUCGCCGCCCUAUAUCGCUUUAUAUCAAUGUUGACGGAUAAAUGCUUGCCCUUCUACCAGCUCCUCAAAACCAAAGGGAAAUUCGAGUGGAAUGAGGCCUGCCACGACGCGUUCGGUAAACUGAAGAAUCAUUUGUCAAGACCCUCAGUGCUUGCAAAACCAGAGCUUGGCAAAGUUCUAUUCCUUUCCAUCACGUCACACACUAUCGACGUCCUAUCUAACCAGCCGUUACGGUCUAUAUUUCACAGUCCGAACCAAUCCGGACGACUAACAAAAUGGGCAAUCGAGCUCAGCGAAUAUGAUUUCGAGUUCCGCACCCGCCCAGCCGCCAAGUCUCAAGUAUUGGCCGACUUCUUAAUCGAACUACCUUUGGAAGGUGCCGAGCCAACAUCCUCCGAUCCGACAGAUGGACUGUGGACUCUGCAUGUCGACGGAGCAUCUUCUCAUUUAGGGUCCGGCGUAGGAAUUCGAUUAACAUCUCCAACCGGGGAGAUUUUAGAACUGUCCUUUCGCCUCCGGUUCCAGGCAACUCAUAAUGUCGCCGAGUGCGAAGCACUCAUUGCCGGACUCAGGCUCGCCAACGGAAUGAAAAUCAAACGGGUACGAGCCUUCUGCGACUCUCAACUUGUCGCUAAUCAAUUCAGUGGCGAGUACAAUACUAAAACCGAACCAAUGGCCGCCUACCUCGACGUCUUCAGGGUCUUAUCCAAACGUUUCGACGAGUUUGAACUUGUCAAAAUCCCUUCAGGGGACAACGCUCAGGCCGAUGCCUUAGCAGCGCUCGCUUCAACGUCAGUCCCUGACCUUCGACGAAUUAUCCUGUUCAACCCUCCUUCAGAUAAUGACAAAACAGACUGGCGGGUCGAGAUUCACGCAUAUGUCGCCGAUGGUGACGUACCAACGGAUAAAUGGUUGAAGCGAAGAUUAAAAGCAAAGGCUGUCCACUACACCCUAAUGAAAGAACAUCUGCUACGAUGGACCGCAUCAGGUGCCCUGCUGUUAUGUCUACAUGGCGACGAUUUGAAACGAGUAAUGAUGGAAACUCACGAGGGCGCUGGCGGGAACCACUCCGGAGGACGAGCCUUAGCAUUACGAAUCAAGAAGCAGGGUCACUACUGGCCAACAAUGAUAUCCGACUGCGAGCAGUUCAUCGCCAAGUGUGAGAAGUGCCAACGUCAUGCUCGAAUCAUCCACCAGCCAACUGAACUGCUACGAGCCGGCAUAGUUCCAUACCCCUUUAUGCGUUGGGCAAUGGAUAUUAUCGGUCCGCUACCCGCAUUGAGAUAG